UUAGUGUACAGCUGGGCUCUGGGACGCGCAUGAGCGCGGGGUUCCCAUAGUCAGAAGCAGAGCCUGGGGAAAUCCCAUUGUGACGCAUGUGGUAGCGUCAUUCGGCACAGCCUAUUAGCCAGCCCUUUGGGAACAGUUCGACGUGUCGCUCGGUACUGAAGCCUCGUCCCUCCUCGCCGCGAAUCGCGCGGUUUCGGGGCUCUUCAAAUGAAGUCGGGAAGGAGGCGGGGAAACGAGUGAGACGGUGGUGUCUGAUUGGUCGUUCGUCAUGUCAAUCGCAGGGAGGGUUACUUGGGCUCGGCCCUUCUGUUUUCUGCACCGACCCGUCAAUAGGGUUCAGCACCGGGAGAACUGACCUCAAUUGGUCGCUAUAGUAACGGGAAAGACGGUUCCAACGUGCAUCAGGGUUCCUCGCAAAUCCCGACUGGCGACCAACUCCGGCGUGAGAGGAAAGAAGAACGUCGCAGCGAUGUCGUUGCUUCAGGGCUGGACGCUGAUGGGCGACCGGGACGCAUCACCUUUGCUGUUGCCGCCUAGGCCUUAAAAAAAAAUGGAGUGCGGGAUCCCCCCAAUCUACCAGCUUCUGUUCCGCGCCUGCGAAGAAGGAAACUUCGAGAACGCCAGGCGGCUGCUGGAGCCGGCACCGCGAGACGGCGACGAGGAGGAUGAGGAGAAGAAGAAAGAGGAGGUAGAGCGGGGCGAGCAGGCGGCGGGCCCGGACUUCAGGGCCCCGCAGGUGCCCGUCGACUGCACGGACGACGACGGCAACUCGGCGCUGCAGUUCGCGGCCGGCCACGGCCACGAGCACCUGGUGCGGUUCCUGCUGAUGAAGGGCGCCUCGGUGGACAGCCGCAACCGCUACGGCUGGACGCCGCUGAUGCAGGCGGCCCGCUUCGGGCAGCUGGGCGUAGCGCGCGUGCUGCUGGAGCACGGCGCCGACGCCAACGCCGCCAACAAGCUGGGCGCCAGCGUGCUGACGGCGGCGGCGCGCGGAGGCCACGUCGGCCUGGCGCGCGCCCUGCUGGAGGGCGGCGCGUGCCCGGAUGCGGGCGGUGGGGGCCGGCAGCAGCGGGUGGGGGAGGGGCAGGAGCCUGCGCUCGCCCCCGCCUUGACACCCCUGAUGGUGGCGGCCCAACAUGGCGCUGAGCCGCUGGUCAGGGCCCUGCUGGAAUGGGGGGCUUCCUGCUCCGGAGCGCCUGCGGGACGCGCUGGGGGCUGGAGCGCCCUGAUGCUGGCGGCACUCAACGGCGAGCUGGCCGUGGCCCAGCAGCUGGUCGAUGCAGGCUCGGAUCCCAAUCAGACGAACGUGGGAGGGAUGACCGCCUUCGAGAUCGCCUGCGCCUGUAGGCAGAAGGAGAUCAGAGACUACCUGGAUUCCAAGACCACCAAUCGGCCCAAAUCAGAUGAAGACAAAAAGAGACCAGACAUAUUUCAUGCAUUAAAACUGGGAAGCUAUCAGUUGGUGAAAGAGAUUCUUGAUGAAGAUGAAUUUCAGGCCAAUGUCACUAAUGCAGAUGGCGCCUCUCCAUUAAUGAUUGCUGCCAUGACAGGUCAACUAGACCUUGUACAACUUCUUAGUGAGAGGAACUCUGAUAUUGACAAGCAAGAUGGUGUACAUGGAUGGACAGCCUUAAUGCAAGCUACUUAUCAUGGGAGUAAAGAUGUUGUGAAGUACUUGUUGAAUCAAGGAGCAGAUGUGAACCUGCGAGCCAAAAAUGGAGUAACUGCAUUUGAUCUUGUAAUGCUGCUAAAUGAUCCAGAUACAGAACUUGUGCGACUUCUGGCAUCAGUCUGCAUGCAGUUAGAUAAAGAGAAGAGCAAACAAAAAUCCAAGACAAUGCCUCGUUCGAAAAGUAAAGCGUCAUUAACGAUUCCUGUACCCCCAGAAGACAAAGGAGGAUUGAAGUCUUGGUGGAACAGAAUGUCCAACAGAUUUCGAAAACUGAAGCUGACUAGGACACUCAGACAUGGCUUUUCCACAAAUAGGCUUGCUCCUUUUCUAGAUGAAGCGGAAGUGGGAUUGGAUGCAACAAUGAAAGCUAACCUGAAAGAUGACAGCAACCAUUCGGCAGUGAUCAUGUCUACACCUAAUACUGAUAGCUCAUUGGCUUGGGCGUCAAAAAGAAAGGACAGUGGACUUGACCAUACCAUUGGAGGAAAAGGCGAUGUUCUUCUCUCAACUAUGUUGAGAAACGGUGCACCCUUCACUCGUCUUCCAAGCGACAAGUUGAAAGCAGUUAUUCCUCCAUUUUUGCCUCCGUCCAACUUUGAACUAUGGAGCUGUGACAGGACACGAAUAAACAAAGAGGGCAAACUGGAUCAUGUUGGGCUAUCUGCGCCUCGUCGCCUUGCAAAACCCAAUUUCAACAGCAGUGGUAAUUCUGACAUUACUUCUGUCAGCAGAAUGGGCAGAUCUGUUAAACUUCCUCCUAUUACAAAUCUUACGAGGCGCCCAGCUUCUCCCCCAAACUCUGGACGUUUCAAUUAUUCUCCACAUUCCUCUGGUGGAUCUAAUGGAGUGGUUGGCAUCAGUAGACAUUGCAUCAGUGAACCACAUAACCGCUCAGGAGGAAGUUCAGAUAAUGUCUUGUCACAAAUUGCUGCCCAGAGACGGAAGGCAGCAGGCUUACCUGAGCUAAAAACAAACCGAUGUGAGAUUUUGCCUCACCCAAUUUCUGUUGAAACUAGCCUUCCUGAGCUGCCAGUCUCACCAGCUGACAGUAACUGCAUUGUACAGAAAUGUGGGAAACAGCGUCCAUCAUCUUGUACAUCAUCAAAUUCAAAGAGCACCUCUCCUACUCUGACUCCAUCACCGUCUCCGACCCCUAAGAGUCCCCAGGGGGAAUCAUCGCUAGCCUCAUCUUCACAUCAGCAGUCUAAGAGCAGUGGCGGGUCCAGUAGUGGAACCCUCACAGAUGAAGAUGAAUUAUCCAGUAUCCUAAAAAGGUUAUCGUUGGAAAAAUACCAACCUAUAUUUGAAGAACAGGAGGUGGAUAUGGAAGCAUUCCUAACACUAACUGAUGGUGAUUUGAAGGAGUUGGGUGUAAAGACAGAUGGUUCAAGGCAACAGAUCUUGGCUGCAAUCUCAGAGUUGAAUGCUGGAAAGGGACGUGAGAGGCAGAUUCUACAAGAAACUAUUCAUAACUUCCAUUCAUCUUUUGGAAGUAGUGCAAGCAAUUCUCGUCAACAGAAUUUUUUGCAAUCUCCUGCAUGGACUAGACCAGUUGUAACGUCUGAAAAGAGAUGACCUUUAACUGGAUGGACUAUUCGAAGAAGGAUUUUUUUGCAAAAGCAUGUGUAAACUAAUUUUAAAUCUCAGCAUUUUGGUGCACAAUCACUGCAGCAGUGACCAUGGUUGCAGAUGAUAUGUAAGCCUUAAAAUUACCACUUCACUAGGAGGAUAGAAAUCAAUUUUGUCACUUCAGUUUAUGAAGUUCUGCCUGCCUUAGAUGUUUGGUUUAUGUUUAAUUUAAAAAUGCAAAACACUAUAUGCUAGCUAUUAAAUCUAAUACUUUUCAACUGUAUAUCCAUUAAUCUUGUAUGAAUGUGAUGUAUUAAACAAUUACCAUAAAUAAGUGAAAUAAACCAAAACUUUUUUAAAAAACUUACUUCAGUACUCCACUCAGUAAAUUACUUAUUGCUUUGAACGGAAGUUAAGGAUGCUGCAUAGGCUAAGUGUUUUAAUUAGUGGUAUUUCAGGGUUGAAGUCCCACUUGCUCCAUAGAUACGGCACGUCACUAAACAAUGACAUUUUUUAAACAACUGAAGUACAAUGAUACU